AUGCUCUACGGGUACAACCACUGGGGAACUAAGACACCGCCGAUGGUCCAACGGGAGACACCGAAGAGGAAAGAAAGCGGAGAGGGGCAGGAGAAGUCGGGCGGGUCAGCGUUUGCAGGCCGAGACGACCGGCGGGGUGGGGUGGCUGGUCUGCACCUUCCAAUGCUCCUCAUCACCCAACUUAGGACAAACUGCGUAGGUACCAGGCCAUCAACACCACCACCCACCUUCAUUGAGGGAAAGUUUGAUGCACAAGAGACGAACCAGUCCACACUACAGGAAGGAGGGGGCGAGCAACCAUUGUAUACCUAUCGAUCAGCUGGGACCCAACUGCUUCCAUCUGAUGCAACGUCCGAACGUACGGAGCACUUCCAGCGCCAUAUCGACAUCCCUCACUCGAAUACCUUUGCAUACGCGACUACCUUCAGCAAGAUCCUCUUUGCUCCGACGAUGGGUGCUGUUUUGCCAAUGUCCCUACAAUGUACUGGAGCCCGCUGCAGGCGCGCAGAACAUAACCGAACAAUCCCCUUUCUGUCAGAUUAUGGACUCGUAGAGAAGCUGUGGCAAGCCAUCAUUGUUGGCCCCUCUUGGAGCCGCAUCUCAAAUCUUCCCAUCUUCCCCAGCCAACUCUACGGGAGCUUACGAGGCAGUGCACGCCGCCGGAUUUCAUAUGUCAGCCCCAGUUUGUUUCCCAAUGAUUUGGGCACUGGCCAGUUUGACAAUCCCGUCCGGUCGUUGAUCCUGGUCUCACAACGGUUGCUCCCGCCCCUGCCACAUUAUGUAAUCUCGUCUUCUUAUCUUAUCGUCCCAGCUAAGUUGAGGCACGUACCUUACCUUACCUCAGAUGGGAUGGAAGCGUCCAAAAUUUCGAGCUCGUCUCAUCUGUUCGCAUCGCGGGCACUCAGCGACCACCCUAACGGCUGCGAUUACAACGACGACGACGAUCGGCAUCACACGGUGCCGAACGAGAGACGAACAUGGCGCCAAGAUGUUCGGAGCACCACCACGCCUCGUCUUGCUGCGAGAGCGGUUGCAAAUAGUCGCCGCCAUAGCUCCACCCAGGUAGCUCAAGAAUCAAAGUCCACCAGACUCAACCCAGCUCCCGACGACUAUUCCCAACCCAUCUUCGCCGAUAAAGCCUCAGUGACACUUUACGCGGGCCCCGGUGGCCACGGCUGCAUCUCCUUCUUCCGCGACGCAUACCUCCCCGACGGACCCCCCAACGGUGGCGACGGUGGCCAUGGAGGCAACAUCUACAUCCAGGCUGUACACGGCGAGACGUCCCUGCACAAGUUAGCUAGGCGGCGUUUCAUUCGAGCAGGGAAAGGAAAGUCUGGUCAGGGCAGCUCCAAGGGUGGUCAGCGAGGCGAGGACGUCAUCAUCACCGUGCCGGUUGGUACUGUCGUCCGCGAGCUGGCCAGGGAAGACCCCAUUGCCGAGGAUGCGAUCAUGCAGCGCGCUAUGAAAGCGCAAAGGAAGGCCGAGAAGAAGGCCAAAUUGGCCCGUCAGGCUGAGUUAGCGGAGCAAGCGAGGCGAGAGUUGGAGGAAGGCAUUGAAGAGGAGGAUGAAGAGAUGGCGGCGGAAAGGGAGGCGAAAGCGAAAAAGCAGGCCGAGGAUGAAUUCGACGAGCCCGAGGACCCCGAUCGCAGCAAGUUCCUUCUGUACCCUGGCCUCUCAAAGUCGGAUCUGAAGACGAUAUCCCUUCCCAAAGCCCCUACCCGCCAGCGUCUUUACCAUCAACCACCCGGCCCGAUCCAGCUCGACUUGUCGCGCCCGUCUCCGCAACCCAUCCUACUCGCCGUCGGCGGCAUCGGCGGACUCGGCAACCCGCACUUCACGUCGCGCGAGUUCCCGCGGCCCAUCUUCGCCACAAAGGGCGAGCGCGCCGUGACCAUGGAGAUUGAGCUCGAGCUCAAGCUCCUCGCCGACGUCGGGCUCGUGGGGCUACCCAACGCCGGCAAGAGCACCCUGCUGCGCGCCAUCACGAACUCGCGCACCCGCGUAGGUAACUGGGCCUUCACGACGCUGCAGCCGAAUAUCGGCACCGUCGUCUUGGACAGCUACAAGGGCCGCCCCGUGAUCAAGAGCUACAAGCGGUAUCCCGCCGCGGACCCCGCAUACGGCGGCAGCGGAUCACCCGGCGCGGAAGAGGAGGUCCUGGUCGAGCAGCGGACCCGCUUUACGGUAGCCGAUAUUCCCGGUCUCAUCGAGGGCGCCCACUUAGACCGUGGCCUCGGCAUCGCGUUCCUGCGCCACGUCGAGCGUGCCGGCGUGCUCGCCUUCGUCGUCGACCUCUCCGCCGGUCCCGCCGUCAAGGCUCUCAAGGCCCUCUGGAACGAAGUCGGUCUGUACGCGCAGAUGCGCGAGGAAGAAGAGCGCGCGCGCGAGAUCGACUCCCGCGUCGACUGGGACCUCAACGCAGGCACCACGAGCGGGGCCGCCGCUCUGCAAGGAACGCACGGCGCCAUGAUGGUCGCCGACGCACCGCCGGCGCCCCGGCAGGAAUCGGGCCUACACAUCGCGGCCAAGCCGUGGUACGUCGUCGCCACCAAGGCCGACCUCCCCGAGACCCAACAAAAUUUCCGAGACCUCAAGGCCUACCUGGACGAGAUCAAGCAGGGCACCGCGCCGCACCCGAGCGGGAUCGAAAACGCCUGGACGGACAACGUCGCCGCUAUCCCCGUCAGCGCCAUCAAUGGCCAGGGCGUCGAUCGGAUUGUCCACUGGACUGUGGGACUACUUGACGAGUAA